UUUAAGGGCAAUAAAGUCAUUAAAUUAAAUAGCAUAUAAAUCUUUAUUGAUUUCUUUUUAAUAAUAAUCUCAAUUUCUGUUUAAGAAAUCUCCAACUUAAUUUUUCACUCACUCCUAUCAAUCUUAUAAAUAAGAUUUCAGAAUUUUGCUAUAUAUUGAUACCAAACCACUGUUAUUCAAUCACACUUAACUCUUUCUUUGUUCUCUCUUUUCAAUGGCUUCCUUAAGAGUGAAGAAAGAAAUCAAUAAACCUAAAAGCCGCAAAAACCAAACACCCAUAAGCAUCGUAAAAACUCUUCCAAACGAUUUGUUGGUUAAUAUCGUGGGGAAGGUCGCAUCACGUUCCAUGGCUGAUCUUUGCAAAAUCAAAUUAAGCUGCAAAGAGUUUCUUAAUGCUUCAGAAGACGGUUACGUUUAUCAACAUGCAGCUAUGGAUAAGUUUGCUUUGGUUCCACUUCCAUGGUUCACCGAUGAAAAAGAAACCUCGUUCUUGAGUCGUUGCAAAGAAAGUGGUAACUUGGAGAUUACUUAUCGUGAAGGAAUGGUGCAAUAUUUCAGUACUUUGAUGGUGGAUUUAGGUUUGAAGAAUUUGAAGAAGGCUGCGCUAGAGGGUCAUCAUGAAGCCAAAUAUGUUUAUUCUAUGCUUUUGAUGGCUAAUUGUGAUGAUGAAGAAGGAAGAAAACUUGGGUUUGAUCUCUUUGGUGAGUUGAAGAAUUCCACAGGCAUUACUAUUGUGGGUUGUAGAAAGAGGGUGAAGUCUUUUAUUCAAAGCAUGUGGGUGAAGAAUGUUGUGGUGGCUCAAAAUCAAGGACUCUCUUUGUGUUCUUCUAGCACAUGCCACAACCCUAAGACAGAGAAGGUGGUGGUGAAGAAACACUCAACAUGGUUUAUGGAUGAAAGUGAUAAUGAUGAUGAUGUUGGUGUUUGCAAAUAUUGCGACGGAAACUAUGAAUUGAGUUUAUUUUCUAAGAUGUUUCGGGUAUAACUAUGUAAACUGGAAAGUACAAGCACUAGUACGUUAGCAUGAGAAUAGGAAAAAGCCUAUAAAAAAAGGCUUAGUUGAAGUCUAGUUCUUAUUCUAGUUUAAAGUUAUUUUUUAUUUCUCUAUUUUAGAUUUGAGGUUACUAUUGUAGAAACAAAAAUUGAAGUUGGUUCAACGUGUUUUUAUGAGAGAGAAUAUUUGUCAAAA